CCCAUGUCUUUGGAUACAAUGAAAACCGUUAAGAACUGUCCAAAAAAUGAGCAAGAAUGGAAUCAAAGAGCUGAGCUCAAGAAUUGCUCCCAGUUUCAUCAAAGCUGCACGGACAAAUCAAAUUUUCGUUACCACUGUCUGCCUAACACAGUUCUGCAAACCCUGGUGGAGGUUUGUGCUCCAAUGAUACAUGCAUCAGAAUAUUGUUGUGAAUUCAACAGUCAAGGAGCUUUAGUGCAACGCAACUAUAAGGCAGAUUGUAGAAACCAUUCUCAACCUUGCACGAACUCAUACCCAUCAACGGAAAUAUUUAGAUAUCAGGAAUGUUACGCAAUGAAUUCACAAGUUGCUGUUAAAGUUGGUGUUGGUGUUGAUAAAUCAAAGAACAAAGGAUCUGGUAUUGGAUUUGGUUUUGUUAUCCCGCUUGGUAUUCUAAUAUUUUGUAGUAUUUUAUUGAUAUCUGGAUGGAUAUACAUACGAAAACGUUCGAAUGAUAAUCAGCACGACUCAAGGCAUAAUACAGAUGAACAUAUGGAUGAAACAACCAUUAAGCUUAAUCCUGAAGAUGACAAAUUUUACAAAAUCAACUUGUGGUAGACGUUCUUGGAACUGUAACGUAAUGUCAAGAAACGCAAAUUGAGAACUUUCAAUGACACAUUAUUACUGAAAACACAUACGUAUACAUGUCUCAUUAUAAGUUUUUUAAUAAACGCUUUCGUUUUUAUCCUAUAACCGAAGAUAAAAUACUAUUUAAUUGAAUGAACAGGAUUAAAAACACUUGAAAAAUAAACCUACAAAAUCACGUACAAGAAAAAAAAAACCAUUUAUGUAUGUCCUUCUAAAGGUUCUAAACAGGACCUUGCAAAUGACAAACGAUUUGAAGGCAGUUUCUUUAUUGCAUGGCUCAUGGUAAUAUCAGGGUCUAGAAUUCAAAAAUCAUUAUUGCUUCCUCAUCAUUAUUCUGUGGAUAAAAAAAAAUCUGUUCCAAAAUUUCGUAUAAACUGGAUUCUUGAAAAAGACGAAUCUAUCGUAAAUGAUAAAAUAUUAUUUUUGAAUAA